AUGAAGAGACGAGGCCAGACCAGAGGCCAGAGUUUUGUCAAGGCUGACUACUACGAACUGGACUGGUACUAUGAAGAGUGUACCGAUGGAUGCAUGGAGCCGUGGUACCUGGUCAUGUGGCAGUCUCGAAAAGCAGAUGAAAAAGCCCUGCGGAGCAGUCUGUGGACCGGUCUACCCUGUGCCUGUGCUGAAGUGGAGUAG